AUGAGUAAGCGGGUGAAAACUAGUGCCGAGCCAGUGGAAUACAAUCGCUCAAUAAUGGCAGCAUUUGAGCGACAGCUCAAAGGGAAAAUUUGCCAGAUUUGUAGUACUAAAAUCUCGUUAGCAGCCUAUCGAGAACAUUUUGAAUCAUGUAAGCUUAAAGAAAAUGAUGAUGACUGUGAGGUCUUAGCCGCAUAUUCAAAAGAAGAGGCUAUUUUAUUACGUGCGGGUCCUGAAAUUGUGUUAGACGACGCACAAGAAGAUCAAGCUCUACCGGAAAAUAAUAAAGAACAAAAUGAGAAUACAAAAACGGAAAAUGCAGUAGAAUCAUCGACAAUUUCUGAAUGUCCACCUACUCUUGAGACGACAUCUAGUGUUGAUCCUCCAAACACCAUUGAACCUAAUAUAUCAGAAAACUCUGAAGAUCCUCCAGUAAAAACGAAAAGAACUCGAAGAUCUCUUAACCACGACGUCGAAAAUACUGUCCGAAAAACUGUAAAAAUUGAAGAAUCUGUUCCACAAAGGAGACGUUCGAUCCGACUACAAGUUAAGCAAGAAAAAAUCUCCGCCGAUGAUCUUGUCAAAUAUAUUGAUAAUAAUAUCCCUUCGACAUCCACUAAUGAACCAAAAAGUCCGUAUUAUGUAGAAUUUUUGAUAAAAAUAAUUAAACGAGUAUUAUCUACACCACGAUUCGACGAAAAAUAUUAUGAUGAAAAGUUUUGGGGUGACAGCGAUUUUUUGAAAUUCAAGAAAUUCCUGAUGGAUUUUUCUUUAAGCGCGAAAUGUCUUUGUGCGAGACUUUUAAUGCGAAAACCUGUAUGGUAUAAACUUGAAAAAUUGCAAGAAAAAUACAAUGAAAUUGAAGAAUUCACUGAAGCCACUAAGGAAUUGAUUUCAGCUCAGUUUAUCGAUGAUGAAUCUCAAUUACGUGAUCUAGACGAAGCUUUAGAAUUGGCAGACAUUCAGGUGCUCAAAAAUGUUGCGAAGAAAUUCCAAAUAGAUCCAAAUAAGAAUCGUCAAGAGCUGAAGCGAUCAAUAAAAAAUUUUGCAAGCUCUCAAAAAUCGAUUUUCGGUGGGAUCGGCGCAAUUGGAAACUCGAUUUUAAAAAGUCUUCGAAAAGAAUUGGGAAUGUGCAUGAGAAUGAAAGAAAGUGUUAUCAGAUUAUUCAAGGCGAUUAUGACCAUCUACUGUCCAAUUUCUACAAAUUCUGCGCUCUGCAUUGACAAUUUUCGAAUAAAUGUGUAUCAGGAUAUGGUAUUUCUGAUGCUUCAAAUCGCAAAUGGUUCUAUAAGAUUCCCUGCCCCGAAUCCGUGCACAAAUAUCGCAAGCUUUUACCGAAAUCGCGACGAACUUUUUGAGUAUAUUGAAGCAAAAGAUACCGAAAAACAUAUAAUGGAGUUUAUUGCAUCCGGGCCUUCCGGUCUUCAAGAAGCUUUCAACUUGGGUAUGAAAGCUCGAGAGAAAAUCGAGAAAAUGGACAAAACUGAAAAACGAAUGAUUCUCAAUCUUCCCGUAUACGAGAGAAAGCUAACAAGUCUUUGGGUCUUAACGCGAUGUUGUGGACAUACGGUAUCGAUAUUAGAAAAGCAGAAAAAUUACGAUCUUGCCGUGGAAUGGCUCACUUUCAUAUUACUAAAUGAUGGCCUCAAAGAAAUUUGCAUUGAAAGUCGAGGAGUUUGGUGGGAUCGACUAGCAUUGGAUCUAGAUGCACAUUUGAAAGAUAAGGAUGAAGCUCUAAAAAUGAUUCAGCUUGCUCUAGCUGAUGAGCAAGUGAUGGAAAAAGAAAAAUUGAUGAUACAGGAUCGAGCUAUUAGGAUUGCAAAAGAGAAUUUCGAGCAGGUUUUGAUUAUCGAAGAGCCAAUAAAAAAAAUGAUUUCUUCUCGAACGUUGUCCAAGGAUCUAGGAGAUGGUCGGUUGAAUCGAUUUUUGAUGCGAAACGAACAGGGAGAAGACGUUGAAUGUUCCGUUGAAGAAGUUGUGAGACUUCGAUAUCUCAGCGAUGAAGGAUUUAGCCAUGGAUUUCAUGACGAAGGGGCGAGUUGGCAUACAAUUUUUGGAGUACUCUUCAAUGAUGUUAUAUUCGAUACAAAAAGCUACAAGGACACUUGGCUCAGCGAACUUCAGGAUUGUCCCAUCGAUUUAAGCAAUACACUAUAUUCACGACGAGCAGAAGCGUUUGAUAAAAGAAUCGAAUGGUUUCGAAAUUCCGAAAAUGACGAGAUUGAAGCGGAAAUUCGAAGAAUUUGGAAUGAGAAGAGUCACGAGACGAAUCGGGAAUGCGCUUGGAAAUUGUUCCCUGAUGGUGUCGAAUCUUUCAUUCAAUUCUAUAAUUGUGUUUCACGGGAAAGCCUUCUCGCAAUUCUUCAACGAUUAGCCAAAAACUAUCGAAAUUGUCGAUCAGGAUUUCCGGAUUUGACACUGUGGAACCCAACAACCCGUCAAGUCGCUGUCGUCGAGGUUAAAGGUCCCGGCGAUCGAUUGUCGACGAAGCAACGCCUAUGGCUUUCGCAUUUCCGAAAUAACGGCGUCCGCGCCGAAGUAUGUCAUGUAACUGCGGAUAAUGAAAAACGACUGUGA